CGCGGGUGGCGUUUCCGAACGCAUCGCAAUGAGAGGUGAAUUAGGUUAUGUCGUGCUGAGGUUUCAUUGUUUAUCCAAACAGUAAUGUUGGUCAUAACAUUUUAUUAUUAAUUAAUUCUACCCAUCUCUCUCUUUCUGUCUCUGUAAUUUAGAGAGCAAAUGGAGAAAAAACCGAAAAUUAUCGUCUUUGACUUAGGUACAGAUUACACUUUAUGGCCAUUUUGGGUUGAUACUCAUGUAGAUCCACCGUUUAGGAAAGGAGCACAAAAUAAAGUGGUAGAUUCACAUGGCCAUACCGUACGCUAUUACUCCGAUGUACCUGAUGUGUUGAAACAGUUAUCCGGAGAAGGAUACGAACUUGGUGUGGCAUCGCGCACAUCGGAAAUAAAGGGAGCUAAACAAUUAUUAGAUUUAUUCGGCUGGAAGAGAUAUUUCCAAUAUGUUGAGAUAUUUCCCGGUAGUAAGGUCACACAUUUUUCUAACAUUCGGAAAAGUUCUCACGCUGAUUACAAAGAUAUGCUGUUCUUCGACGAUGAGGCCAGAAAUAUCGUGGAAGUCGGUAAACUUGGGGUACACGCUGUAUUAGUUAGAGAUGGCGUGAGUCGUCGUGUUGUAGAAGAUACUCUGCGAUCAUUCGGCAAGCAAUGAUUGUUUCAAUAUUAGUAUAAUUGAUCAAUGUUAAGUGUUUUAGGCCCUGACCAGGAUUGGGAAGCAAGUCGUUACUUGUAACGAAGUUACAGUUACUUCUUUUGGUAACUGUAACUUAACUUUGUUACUUUCUCUCC